GCCCCGUCCUCACAGAGCUGUUGAGAACUUUGUUAACAGUUGUGUUAUUUGUGUUACUGAAUUUCCGAGCAGCAAACAUGGGUAAGAUCAACACCUGCCUCAAAAGCGUCUUCGCCGUCUUCAACAUCUUGUUUGCGAUCGUUGGUGGGAUCAUCAUCGGCCUCGCCCUGGUGGCUCAGUUCUACACCAGCAUUCAAGAAAAUCUGACGGGUCGGACCACCGGCCUGUUCGUCCUCUAUAUCGUGGGCGCCGUCACUCUGGUGAUCGCCGUCCUGGGAGCCUACGGAGCCCACACGGAGAGCAAAUGCUCCCUGGUCAUGUUCCUGGUGUGCACGAUCCUCGGAAGUCUGGUGAUGCUCGUAUUGGCGAUCCCUGCUGCCGUCAUACGUUCUAAGGCUGAAGGCAUGAUGGAGCAUCACUUCCAGCAGUAUCUGCCCCUGGACCAGUCUACAGACAACAUAAAGAACAUAGCUAACAACUUUCAGAAAAACUUUCACUGCUGCGGUCUGUUCAGCCACUCGGACUGGAACGAGAUUCCCGACUCCUGUCUGUGCGAUGAGGAGGAACAGGAGGAGGGCGAGUGCCAGAACAUCGGCUACAGCGAUUUCAUGCUGCAGAGGUCCAUCUACUCCAAGACCUGCUUCCCCAUCAUCAUGUACUACGCCCUGUUCGCCGUCGACAUCACGAUCGGACUCGUCUUCACUCUGACUCUCCUAGCCCUCUUCGGCAUGAUUCUCUCCUCCAUCAUGAUCCACCAGAUCCGUUACACCAACCAGCCCACCAUCCUGCUGACUAUGCCCACCAUCUUCUCCCCACAGCCACCGAAGUACGAGGAGCUGCACAACCCCCCGCCGUACUAGAGGGGGAAGCUGCACCUCUCUGCUCGGUGCGAGGGAUCCAGGAGACCUGUUAGUUUUAUUUUCUUGAAUUUUAAAAUGAAAUAUGCAGCUUGAAGUUUGUGCCUGGGGUGCCUUACCCCUCUGUGGGGACGCCUGACUGUCGGAGUCAGUGAAAACUUAAUUUUAUGGAGCCUGAAAAAUGCUUCUGCUUUUCUGAUUUCCUGCGCUGUCAUUCUCUUUGAAAACUCAUGUUGCCAUUUUAAAGUUCAGCUCUGACUCAUUUCUUACAACCUCCUCAAAUAGAUUUUAACAAACAUCCUGCUCACCAAAGACAUCCGGAGCCAGUGAGGCAUAAAAAUGCAGUUUGAAUGAAUUUGAUUUUGUCACUUAACAUCCAAAAUCCAUCGCAGGAAAAAGCUCAGACCUGAGUGCACACAGAGGACUGCCGGGAAUGGCAGGAAGAUUGAUUAAUAUGUUUAUGGAUUAUUUUCUCCUUCACUUCAAACUGUUUGAGGACCAAAGGCUUAAAGUCAGUUUGGAUCUUCUAUCGUUGAACGAUGUGACUCAGACUUCUUCAGCAUCAAGUUUUGUUUCUUGGCUGCAGGUUUUUUUUAUGGCCCUCACUAAAACUGAAUGAAAGCUUAUUGUUGAUUUCACAAAUGCAGCCGGAGGCCUUCAAACAAAGUGUUUUUUCCUCUCCUGAUGAUGUCAUGUGUGGAUCUGAUGUUUGUUUUUGUGUGUUUCUUACAUAUUCUAUGAAUGUAUAUAAACCUGUUUGAUUAGUUGGUUUCUUUUAACUGCAGUUAAAUCAAACCUCAUUCUUUUUUUGGCCACAUGUUAAACUUGUCAGAGUAAGUUGAAGCCUUUAUUUUGAAAGCUGAGCACUGUUGAUGGGACCUCCUCCUUCCUUCAUCUGCCCCUAUCCCAGCAUCCUCUGCUUCACUCCACUCAUGAAUGUCCUCUGAGGUCUUCCUCUUUUCCUCCCUGCAGCUUCAUCUUCAUCAUCCUUUAUCCGGAUGAGCAGGGAGAGAAGGAGGGUCCGACGCCUCGGCCUCCUCAUGAGCAUCAGUAAUAAACACAGAUUCUUAGUCCUUAUUUGUUUCUGUUGGCAGCAAAUAAUUUCAUCCUUCUGCAUUACUAUCAGAUCCUAAAACCGGACACCCGUUCAGCUGUACUGCACUAAAACCACUGAAUGAAGCACAGCUGUGUCACACUGUCACAGGAAUGUGUGGGUGUUCAUUGCUGCGUCUCUGCUGGAAACACAAGCACACACCUGUUCACACCUGUUCACACCUGCUGACUCAGACACAUUCAUUCUUCAUCGGGGGGCGAGACCGGAAGCUUUAAUGCUUCAGUGGAUCCAGUUUAAAGUGUCAGAGCUCUGAUGUGCAGCUGUCACCUGAGAAAGAACACACUGUUAUUUUCUAACUCUUUUUAUUAUAAAACAAUAGAAAAUGUCCAUUAUUCCUGUAACAGUUUGUUUUUGUGGAUUUCAGAAGGAUUUUUGAGCCAAACAGCUGAAUGUUCUUUGAGUUUUUGCCUGAAAAUUCUUCAAUAUUUGAGAAGAUUUCAGAAAUCUCAGAAAAUUCUUCUCAACUCUUGAAAUUCUGUUUGAUCAGUUAAAGCAAGUUUUGAUCAAACUGAAUUUUAUGUUACAUCAAUUUAACUUCUCAGACCAUGAGUCUGUCAUUUACUGAAAUUUCAAACCAUUUUAAAUAAUAUAAAUUUGACUGCACAGACCGGCGUGUUUGCUUUCAUUUGGAGGGUGUUUGACUGUUUGAACUGCAGAAUGUUUCUGAGACCAGAUUUUGCUCAUGUUCAGCUCGUGCACAGUGCUUAACAAAUUUACCCUCAAUUUUCUGUAAUGGUUACUCCACAAGUUUGCCCUGUAAUCAAAAUUAUGUUUUAAUGCUAAAAUGUGAUUGCAAAUAGUAAAACCCAUUAUUGUGUUUUGAUUGAGAAUCCUCAUUACAGUUAUUGACGUGCAUUCCUGAACAGAGGAAAUAUUUGUUUUUUUAAUUUUAAAUUUUUUUAGUGGAUUUUACAUUUUUUGGGGAUUUUGUUUUAAUGGUCUGAUCAGUUUCUGACAGCUCACAUUUGGGGAGAAAAACAUGAAUUUAUUUGUCUGAAAAAUAUCAAGGUCAUUUUUAGCUUUUAACAAGUUUCUGAGAGAUUUCUAAAAUAUUUCUGUUUUAUUGUUUUUAUGACAGGUGGUCUAAUAAAGGAAGCACUGCAUGUCAGAUUUAUGCUUUUUUUUUUUUUUG